AGACAGCAGCGUGAAUGCGUAUGUGAUGGCCAAGCAUGCUGUCUAUGUAGGCAGCUUACUAGGAGUUGACAUGCGUCCUUCGUCUUCCUGUCUCAAACGACCAGAAGAGCUCGACAACGUCCGACACAAGACUCGUUUUCCUGUCCUUUUUUAAAACAAUUAAGAAUCUCAAAAUGCAGCGGAUUUUGAACUCCACUGUCCCGUUCUCCCACAUGGCCCAAAGUGACAUCAAAGUUCUUAACUGCCCCGGCUCGGGCCCGACCUCUCGCACAGAGAGCAAAGGAGAGCUGGACAAAGUAGAUCAUCUGAGCCCCUACCUUAAGGAGGUCAUGUGUCAUGGAACUGCCAAAUUUGAGUGGACACAACGGACAGAGAAACAAUCCAUUAUUGCACAGGCAGAGUGUGAGUCCCAGGAUUCGCAGGAGUUCUGCCCCAAUGGCAGCAUCUCCUCCCAGUCGCUUCUCGGCACCUUUCCUCGCUGUCGGCCCAGGAGGAAACGCCAUAAGAAGCAUCGGCGAAAACGGGCUGAGAAGGACAGCCGAGCGAGCGAGUCCGUGGGAGUCCCCAGAGUGCCAGAACAGGACAGCGGAGAGUGCCCUUUUAAUCAGAUUAGAGAUCCAGUGUAUAUCAGUAGCAGCAACAACAGUAGUACAUACAGCAGUGGUCAAGGCACGGAAAGGGUGUCCGUGCAGGAAACAGAAGCCCCGUCGUACCCUUAUCAGUGGGAGUCCCGGCAGAGACUCUCCUCCUGCCAAAGCUACGGCCAAGAGAGCGAGGAACUGAAGUCUCCCCUGAGAAGUGAGACAGAAUGUCCUCUGGCUGUUACGGCCCUAAGGAACUUCGUUACGUCUGAAGAUCGCUGCUUCGCAUACGGCUUCGUCAAAGACGUGCUGAGAGAGGACAGGGAGAGAGAAGAGGACGAAAGAGAGGAGAGCGACAAGAAUGAAGGGAUCCUGUUCAAAGAGGGUCUACAACCAGUAAAUUAUGAAUACAGAGAGGGAAGGGAGUAUGAACGCUGUAGAUUUCUCAAACACGGCUCCUUCGGAGAGGUCUACAGCAUCAAAGACAAAGGCACCGGCUUCAUGUGUGCCGCAAAAAAGGUGCCGUUGGUGAGUUUCAGCAGUGAGGAGGUGGGCUCGUGGAGUGCCCUGCAGUCUCCUCAGGUGGUGGAACUCUUUGGUGUGGUGCGUGAAGGUCCUUCCAUCAUCCUCUUCAUGGACCUUAAAUCCAGUUCUUUAGGACAGCUGGUGGAGGAACAAGGCCGCCUGCCAGAGGAUCUGUCCUUGCACUACCUUCAGCAAGUACUGGGGGCGCUAAACCACCUGCAUAGGAAGCGUGUCCUUCACCUGGACAUCAAAGCCGAUAACAUUUUGCUGUCAGACGAUGGGAAGGAUGCAUUUCUGUGUGACUUUGGACACUCAGAGAGAUUGGACAAACAAGGGCUUAGUUAUUGUAAGAGUCUGAAAGGCACAGAAACUCACAUGGCACCUGAGGUGGUGCUCAAUGAGCCACGCUCUUCAAAAGCAGACAUCUGGAGCAGCUGCUGUAUGUUUCUGCACAUGCUCAACGGCUGCCAUCCGUGGACCCGCUACUAUUCCCACCCACUCUACCUAAAGAUAGCAAAAGAGCCUCCGCCUCUGAGGGAAAUCCCAUGUGACUGCAGCUCCUAUACAGCAGAAGUCAUAAAAGCAGGAUUGCAGAAAGAUCCAAACAAACGAGCCUCUGCCAAAGAGCUUUUUGUUAAAACUGCCAAUGCACUUAAAGAAGUCGGGGGACUUCGUAGCCCCGUGAGAGGAGGAACCUAUCAGGAGCCACUGGGGAAGCAAGAGAAUCCAGACUCCGCCCAUUCAGCCACACCCACCACAUCCCAUCACACCACGUCCUCUGAUCACUCUGAGCUGCAGUGGAUGAGCUCAGAGAAGAAGGGGAAAGUGGGUGAUGGGGAACGUAAUGAAAAGCCAGACAAGGUAAAACAGUGGAAACAGAAAGAGGAGACAAGAAACGAUGAAAACUCGCCUCCGAAGUCACUGCUCCACGUUCAAACCACUUCACCUGAGCCACAAAUCAUUAAUAAAACCGAACCAGAACCAACAGUGCCAGAACAAGAGCUGUGGAGCCUGAAAAGAGAUUUCUACCUGAGCAGUCUUUCCCAGCCUCAUUCUGCUGAGCUACAGGAGCAGCUGCUCUCUUGUCUCGGUAGUGACUGCCUUUCCACAAGAGAAUACUGGGACAAGAAGGAUUCAGGACGUUGGUCAGUCGGCCCUGGCGAUGAUCUUAGCUCAGGCGUGUUUUCUUACAACAGCCAACAAGAUGGCCAGAGCUUCAGCAGGGACUGGUUCGCCCCCUCGCAUCAACCCCUGCCCCGAUGCUUUGAUGGGGUGGAUGUCUACAUAAGAGACUUUGACGGGAAAUGCUUUCAUAUUCGGGAGACGCCCGGGGUUAAAGUAGGCCACGUUGCAAGAGGAAUCAGCGAUCAGAUCUCGGAGAACGUGUUCAGUCUGCAAACAGAGGAUGGUUGCCUGGUGCCCCAUGACAAAGAGGUCCUAGAGACCAGCCUGUUCUUGCGGUGCGUCCCGGCCCCUGACUCCAGCCACUAUCGUCAGUACGGACACAAACCCUGCUGCAGCCUCGGCCCUGACUGCAAACUACCAUGGAACUGGAGGGUCAGAGAGGGGGUGCUGGAGACUAGAGACUGAUUUGUCCAUCCAUAAUCAGUUUCUGUCAUGCUUUCUGCUCUGUUCGCAUUGAAUUAGUCAUCUGUGCCUCAUAUCUGUUAAACUUCCAAGCCAUUGUUGUUGGUUUACAUUCUUAGUAUUCUGAUGUUGUUUUAACUGACUAUGCAGAUCUUUUGUUGCGAUGUUGCGAAGAUCACUGUGGGCCUUCAUGGAGUCACUUCAUGAUUAAUGGCAAGAUUUUAAAGCCUGUAGUCAAUCAAGUAUAUGCCUUAGACCUUGAGCACUUAUGAAUGAGAUUACUAUGUCAGUAUGGUUUAUCUGUGGCACAAAUCAAUUCAAUAUUGAAUGUUUUAGCUGUAUUAGUUCUUCAGUAAAAAUACAUUUUUUGUUGCA